AUGAACAAACAAUGUAAUUCAUUAAAUACUUCCAUUUCUAAUGAUAUUUCAUCGCAACUGACUAACCAUAAUUCAUUUCAGUAUUUCAAUGCAAAACUUCAUUCAACUCCUUUAAUUUCAAUGAAGACAUUGAAAACUUCAACAAAUAAUAAUAAAAAUAUUAAAUCAGUAGUUACUACAUCAUAUUCACAGUCUCUAGACAGUGGUAUUGAAGAUGUUGAAGAUACACAAUCAAUAAAUUGUACACAAUCAAAACAGUUAUUACAAAUGUCACAACGAAUAUUUAAACGAAACUAUUGUAAUACAAAUCAACCAGUGGAAAAUGAAGUUUAUGAACAAAUAAUUGAUUUAUCUUUUAAAAAACAGAAACAGACUAAUCAUCAUCAUUAUCAUGAAGAGAUUCAUCAAACUAAGGAAGAACAAAAUGUUUGGAGACCAUAUUUAGAUUGAUGAGUUUAUAUUCUAUCUGGCUUAUUUUUCUAUUUCAUUUUCGCUUUAGUAACUACAAACCAAAAGAAGUAUAUUCAACUGGAAGAAAGCAUCAAUUUAUUGUUAUUUUUAUACUUUUUGUUCAGUUUCAUUCUUAAUAAUUUCACUUUUUCUCCCAGCAACUUGCCAUAUCCAUUACUGC